UAUCUACAUAAACUCAAGCUACUCUUGCGUUCGAACGUAUAAAUAGUCGAUUCAAAUUAAGUUUUCAAUUUUAGUUUAAUUUUGUCCAUUAAGACCGACAAAUCCUUUAUUUUUGAGACCUUUUAAUAACUUAUGUACUUAAUUUAUUAUGGCUGAUUAUUGGCGUAAUCGCGUUGCGGUAGUUACCGGUGCUAGUACCGGAAUUGGUGCAGAAGUUUGUGUUACAUUAGCUAAUAAUGGAAUGGUUGUUAUUGGAUUAGCCAGACGUGCCAAUUUAAUUGAAGCUUUGAAUGAAAGAGUUACGGGAAUUGGAAGAAUUUACGGUUUAGAAUGUGAUUUGACGGACACAUCAAGCAUUUUAAAAACUUUCGAACACAUAAAAGAAAAAUUUUAUGUUGUUCAUUUGUUAGUUAAUGGUGCUGGACGCACUGUGGCUAACUUUUUAUUAGAGAGUUCAGCUGGAGAAGUCAAAGAUGUGUUUGAUUUGAACGUUAUAGCCACGUGUACUUGUAUAAUGCAAUCAGUAGAAUUAAUGAAGCUCCAUGGUCUGCGAUCACAUAUUAUCAUCAUUAAUAGCAUUCUUGGUCAUCGAGUCUUAGAACUACCAAAACCAGCAUUUAAUGUUUAUCCAGCUACCAAACAUGCUCUAACUGCACUUUGUCAAACAGUAAGACAAGAAAUUCGUUACAAUAAAUUAAAUGUUAAACUAACGAGCAUCAGUCCGGGAAUGGUUGAAACUGACUUCCUUAAAGUAUACAAUCCAGCAUCAUAUGCUCCAAUUCCAAAAUUACAACCAAAAGAUGUUGCUGAUGCUGUCCUUUAUGCCUUACACACACCACCUACAGUUCAGAUUGAGGAAAUCAUACUUCAAGCAAUACCUGAACAUGAAUCUCCAAAUAAGAAAGAAGAAAAGGAGGAAUAAACUUUUGAAGCUGAAAAAUAUAAAUUUGAAAUUAACGCAAUAUUUAAAAUGUAACAUGUACCCUAAAAUAUUAAUAAAUUAUAAUAAAUUAUAAA